AUGACGGGCAUCCUCAUGUGUGCGGCCGGGCUGCCUGUCUGCCUGACCCGCGCCCCCAAACCCAUCCUGCACCCGCCGCCCGUCAGCAAGAGUGACAUCAAACCCGUGCCUGGUGUCAAUGGCAUCUGCAGGAAAACCAAAAAGAAGCAUCUCAAAAAGAGCAAGACCCCCGAGGACGUGGUGCGCCGCUACAUCCAGAAAGUGAAGAACCCCCCGGAUGAGGACUGCACCAUCUGCAUGGAGCGGCUGGUCACCUCCUCUGGCUACGAGGGCGUCCUCAGCCACAGGGGCAUCAAGCCGGAGCUGGUGGGCAAGCUGGGCAAGUGUGGGCACAUGUACCACCUCCUCUGCCUCCUGGCCAUGUACAACAACGGCAACAAGGAUGGCAGCCUGCAGUGCCCCACCUGCAAGGCCAUCUAUGGGGAGAAGACAGGCACGCAGCCCCCUGGGAAGAUGGAGUUUCACCUCAUCCCCCACUCCCUCCCCGGCUACACCGACUCCAAAACCAUCCGGAUUGUCUACGACAUCCCCACUGGCAUCCAGGGCCCCGAGCACCCCAAUCCUGGCAAGAAGUUCACGGCCCGUGGCUUCCCCAGGCACUGCUAC